AUGGAACCAGAAAUAGGCCGUUGCCGCAUUUGCUGGGACUCGGAGAACGCCUGUGACUUCUUUCAGCCAUGCCUUUGCAGGGGCACGCAGCUAUGGGUGCACAAAUCCUGCUUUCAACAUUGGAUUUGUGUAGCUCCGGGCUCUGCAGCGCUCUUUUGUCCCACCUGUGGAUAUAGGUAUCGGCGAGGCAUUGAGAGCUCCUGGAAGGUCUUAGAAGUCGCGGGGAAGGAGUGUGUCCGCUGGCUGGCGCUGAUCACCUACUUCGCCGUGAGUCGGGCCAGUGCCAGGAUCAUCUACAAGCAUUUGCUGUCCGGCGCCCAUGAUGGAAGGCCCUUUUCAUUCAACCUCUUUUGGCCGGCAGUUUUCCUGAUGCAUACUGAGCCUCAACCAGAAUGGAUGUUGCUGGCAGAUGCAUUGAUCUCUGCCUGCAGUGUAGCUCUGAAGCGCCUGGCCAGGAGCUGGCAGUGGCGCCUGCCACUGUUGUUCCCUCCGCCGGUGCAGAUUCCAUCCUCCUGUCAUGAAUUCCUCAUGCAGCUUCUGUGCGCAUCCACUUUGAGACUCAGCGAGAUUCUCUUGAUCAUCAAGGGUCAUCGAGGAAGUGCCGAAAGGCUGCGGAGUUUCUUUGAUUUCACAGUGAACUUUUUCGCGAUCUUCUAUCUACAUCGGGAGUUGGUCAGGAGCUUCAAGGUCUGCGUGAGAGACAGUACAAAGGUGUUGUCCUUCAAGUCCUGA